AUGUCGCAAGUAAGUGAAACCACAGCAUCCAGUCUGACUGAAGGGAACCCUGUGACGAGUUUGACCUUAGUCGUUCUCCUGCUCGUUCCCUGCGUCGUCGUUCUGCUUCUGCUGAACUGCCUCUUGCUGGGUUACAAGUUACUGAUCCUGUCAAAGAAGAAAAUCAGUCUGCGGGAAGAACGCACGGAGGAGAUGCUUUUGCGGUCUCCUCAGAGAGUCAGACUGUCCGAUGUGGCGUUUCCUUUGCGCCAAGACGGGCGGAGAGCGUAUUUGUCGCUAUCAGAGCCCGUGCUCCCUCAUCCCGUUACUUCUUCCAGAGCUUCUUCCAGGGAAAGGAUCGGUCUGGAUCACAGGAUCCGGCUUCUGAGGCCAGAUGGCGCUACCGGUUCAGGGUCUCAGAGAGCGCCGAGCACCAUCCGGGCAACCUCUCCAGAAGCUUGUUUCACCCCGAGACUUAACCUGGCCUCCAGCUCACGGACCUACAGCCUCAGCAAAACAGGCUGGCGCAGGAGUGCACAAGUUUUACCGCACGAUUCAGGGACUGAAACCAGAGUGAACCUUGUUCCUCCAAACACUCCUAUGGAGACCGACUUUGUGGGUCUGAUUCGGAGGAGCAGUACUUAUGAGAUGCUGCCAGGUGUGGACCCAGGUGUUGCAGGGUGCAGGGUUGACAAGAUAGACAUGGAGUGCGAGUACACCAGCCUGCAUUCAGAGGCGUCCUGUCUGAACGCGUCUGCAGCGGGUCCUGGACUGGAUAGUGAUUUUGGAGCAAGUGCAGGGGUCUCCCUGCGGAUUCUGUCUGCAGACAGUGACGGCCUGUCCAAUGGAGUGCUGGCUUCAACUCUGGAGUGGGAUUAUUAUGACCCCUGCUAUGUCAAACAGAAUAAUAUACCCAAACAUAAACAUCAAAGACCUGCAAUCCACAUGAAACAGUACUGGGUGUAA